AUGCUAGAGGAAAGGAGCAGGUUCUUAGCAGGCCUGCCCCAAGAUACCAAUGAAUACAGAUAUUUAGGGCAGGAGCAUGCUGAGAUGAUAGUGAAGAGGGAAUAUACUCGUUUUGUUGAAGAACAUAAGAGCCCUUAUGUUAUUUUCACGCAUGUACCUCCAUCUGAAAUUGACAUGAUCGAUAACAGAAGCCUUGGAAAACUAGACUACCACCAUUCUCUACGGAUAUUGCUUGCGAAUAUGCCCUGUCUUCCACACGAAGAAGCUCUAAGCCUUUUUGGCAACCUCGUUUUGUUAAAGGCCAACAAAAUGCAAGUCGAUCGCCUGAUUCGCUAUAGGGCGGCUACUACAACUAAAACGAGGGAAAGGGACAAAGAAGGAGAUAUAUCUUGGGCCCCUCGGUGGCUCCCCCCGGGACGAUCAAAACAAUGGCCAACUGUGGCGCUUGAAGUGGGCUAUUCUGAGUCACGAGAGAAGAUUAAGCACGACAUCGCGUGGUGGCUCUAUAGCUCAAAUGGAGAUGUUUUGAUGGCCGUAUCAAUUGAUAUAAAGAGAACGAGCGGUAAUAUUUAUAUUACCUUAUGGGAACGAGGUGUUAUGCCUACCCGAAACCACCCAAAUCCCGACCCAAAGGUGGUUGGAGAAGUCAAGCUAUUCCGGGGAAAAAAUGGCCGGCCAGCAAGGGUAGAAGGUGCCGACCUAGUUGUCCCUUUCAAAUACAUCUUGCUUCGCUCGCCCGACCGAAGUCAGGGGGAGGGCGAUUUUACUUUUACUAAAGCGGAGCUCCUACAGCUGGCUGAAACAAUAUGGGAAGAUAUGGAUUGA